AUGCGCGCGCUGUCGGGUGUCGGGGCUUCGUCGUCGGGGCUUCGCCCCCGCGCCGUCGCGCCUCGCCGCUCGCGAUCCUUCCUCGCCGCGGCGGCUUCCGACGGCGUGGACGACGCCCGCGCGUCCGCCGCCGCCGCUAGGCUCGCGCGGUUCAUCCCGUCCACCCUCGACGCCUCGUGGCUCGUGCGACGCGAGCCGAGGAUCGCGACGGAGGAUGCCGAGGACGUCGUCCGCAGGCUCGUCGCGGUGAGAGCGGAGACGUCGCUGGCGGGCGUCGAGCUCGAUGCGCUUUUGGGGGUCUGGCCGGACUCGAAAGUGCCGACCUCAUCAUCACGCCCCCUCCCGUCCCUCUUCUCCCCUCGCGCAGCCGCGUCUUUGCGCGCGCGCAUCGCCGCGCUCGAGGCCGCCUUCCCCGGCGCCGACGUCCGAUCGCUCGUCGUGUCGCAGCCCGAGGUGCUCACGCACGACGUCGCGCGCGUCCGACUCGUCGCCGACGCCGUCCGCGCCGCGGGAAAGGCCAUCCCAAGGUGGAUCGACGCCAACCCGUCGCUCGUUCUCAAGCUCAUGCAGAGCGACGCGGCUUUCUAUUACGUCCUGGACAUGCCAGCCGAGGUGACGCGUCAGUCCGGCGGAGGAAGCCGGGGGAAAGGGCGAGGCGGGGGCGACGGGUGGGACGACGACGAGCCGGUGUGGACCAAGGUCGGGGUCUUCCCCUCCCGCCCGAAGCGAUGACGUUAACGACGGUGGACGUGUCACAACUAUUUUGACG